ACAACUACCAAAGCACCAGAAACUACAACUAAAGGAACAACAAAGGCUGGAGAGACAACCAUGUCAGAAGCAACCACAAAGAUUGUUGAGACAACUAAACCACCAACAGUAACAUCAACUGCUCCAGUAACAACCACAAUCCAUCCUUUAAAUACAACAACUGUUGGAGUAGUCACUGGACCACCAACAACAACAACAACUAUAAUUCCUCAACCUGUUGUAAACGCAACUACUGUGAUUCCAACAGUAACUACAGCAUCCACCUCUAUAGUUACAACCACUAUUGGCCCGAUAACAAAGACUCUUCCAGGCACCACAACUGUUGCCACAACUUAUUUGUCUUCUACUGAGAAAAUUGUUACUACAAUCCUGGCAACAACAUCACUGCCUACCACCAGUACAACACCCUGUUACUGCAUUUGGAAUGGAACAUCACACGAACCUGGAGAUAUGCUGUAUAAUGUCACCGACAGUGCAGGGUGGUGUUUUGUUGCAUACUGCAAUUCUUCUUGUAAAGUUGAGACACAGUCCAGUCCAUGUCCUACACAACCACCAACAGGCACCACCACAGUCUCAGUCUCAGGAACCCCAUCACAACCCAAGGACUGCAUCUAUAUGAAUCAAACAAUGCAGAAUAAAGAAACUAUGAUGAUUGACAACUGCACCAUUGCUAUCUGCGAAAAUGGAACGACGGUAAUAAAAAAACUUUAUACCUGUCCACAAGAAGAACCACUCAUCUGUACCAAUGGACAUAAAGCAGUUAAGGUCUAUGAUGAAAACACAUGCUGCUACCACUAUGAAUGUGAAUGUGUGUGCACUGUCUUGAAUAAGGUGCAAUACAUCACAUUUGAUGGAAAAAGUUACUAUUUCCAACAGUACUGCAAUUUCUACCUGGUCAAAGAGAUAACUGAUAAAUACAAUCUGACCAUCAUGGUGGAUAAUCAAGUGUGUGAUCCCAUAGACAGCUCCUUCUGUCCCCAGGCUGUGGUUGUUUAUUUCCAGUCUUACAAGAUUGUUUUGACUAAGAUAAAGGAUGUAGGCAAUGGGGUGUACUUGAAUGACAAACGAAUGUAUCCUGCCUGGUCCAACUCUGAGCUGCUCUUCACUAGCACAGACGUAGCGGUCACUUUGGAAAUACCUGCCAUUAGGACUAAAGUGGACUAUAGUUUAACGUCAUUUAGCAUUUACCUUCCAAACGAUCUAUUUGGUGGGAAUACUGAGGGACAGUGUGGGACCUGUGACAACUCACAGUUCAACGACUGCCGCUCUCCAAACGGCAUCGUGGGAAACUGCUCAGCCAAUGCAGGCCAGUGGGUGGUCCCAGGUGCACCCUGUGUAGUCCCCACACAACCCUCACCAAUAACAACUACACCUGAGACCACAGCAGUCACAACACAGCUUCCCUGCAGACCGGCCAUCUGUGACCUCCUGACCAGCAGUUUAUUUGAGUCGUGCAACUCAGUCAUAUCCCCAGCAGUCUUCGUAGCAUCCUGUCGGUCAGACAUCUGCAACAGUGGAAAUUUCACCUGCUCAAGCCUGGAGGCGUACGCUUCCGAGUGCUCCAACAAAGGAAUCUGUAUUGACUGGAGGAAUGCCACCAAUGGGCUGUGUGAGCACAAGUGUCCAGACAACAAAGUGUACAAAGCCUGCGGCCCCGCUGUGGAGAAAACAUGCAAUUACAGAUACAACAACUUGUACCACGCAGGAUCCGCUCCACACACUAAUGACACUAAAGAGGGUUGCUUCUGUCCUGAAGGCACCACCUUAUUUAACCAGGUCUAUGAAACAUGUGUCUCCUCUUGUGAUUGUACAGGACCUGAUGGGAAACCAAAAAUGCCCGGUGAAACAUGGACAAGUGGCUGUAAGACCUGUGUCUGCGACAAGGACUCCAUGAGCGUCGAGUGUGAUCUCAUUCCAUGCCAAACCAUGCUGAUCCCCGACUGCAGCGAGCCCGGCUAUAAGCUAGUCACGAAGACAGACGGCUGUUGCUCGCAGUAUUCAUGUGAAUGUGACGCAAACAUGUGUCCUAUUCCAAUGACCUGUCCGCUGGGCUUCGAACUGACAUACACAAAUGGCACCUGCUGCAAAUCCUACAAGUGUGAACCUAAAGGUGUAUGUGUCUAUGAAGGUACUGAGUACAUGGAAGGUCAAAAAAUCCCAACACCUGGUUCACCAUUAGAAACAACAACAACAUCCUCACCAACACUAUCUGGAACAACAGCUGGAGCUGGACAACCAUCAGGAACAACAGCUGGAGCUGGACAGCCAUCAGGAACAACAGCUGGAGCUGGACAACCAUCAGGAAUGACAGCUGGAGCUGGACAGCCAUCAGGAACAACAGCUGGAGCUGGACAACCAUCAGGAACAACAGCUGGAGCUGGACAACCAUCAGGAACAACAGCUGGAGCUGGACAGCCAUCAGGAACAACAGCUGGAGCUGGACAGCCAUCAGGAACAACAGCUGGAGCUGGACAACCAUCAGGAACAACAGCUGGAGCUGGACAACCAUCAGGAACGACAGCUGGAGCUGGACAACCAUCAGUAACAACAGCUGGAGCUGGACAGCCAUCAGUAACAACAGCUGGAGCUGGACAACCAUCAGGAACAACAGCUGGAGCUGGACAACCAUCAGGAACGACAGCUGGAGCUGGACAACCAUCAGGAACGACAGCUGGACCAGGACAACCAUCAGGAACGACAGCUGGAGCUGGACAGCCAUCAGGAACGACAGCUGGAGCUGGACAACCAUCAGGAACGACAGCUGGAGCUGGACAGCCAUCAGGAACGACAGCUGGAGCUGGACAACCAUCAGGAACGACAGCUGGAGCUGGACAACCAUCAGGAACGACAGCUGGAGCUGGACAGCCAUCAGGAACGACAGCUGGAGCUGGACAGCCAUCAGGAACGACAGCUGGAGCUGGACAACCAUCAGGAACGACAGCUGGAGCUGGACAACCAUCAGGAACGACAGCUGGACCAGGACAACCAUCAGGAACGACAGCUGGAGCUGGACAGCCAUCAGGAACGACAGCUGGAGCUGGACAACCAUCAGGAACGACAGCUGGAGCUGGACAACCAUCAGGAACGACAGCUGGAGCUGGACAGCCAUCAGGAACGACAGCUGGAGCUGGACAACCAUCAGGAACGACAGCUGGAGCUGGACAACCAUCAGGAACGACAGCUGGAGCUGGACAACCAUCAGGAACAACAGCUGGAGCUGGACAGCUAUCAGGAACAACAGCUGGAGCUGGACAGCCUUCUGUACCUGGGCCCUGCCAGGAGUGUUUCUGUGGCCCAAAAAUGGACCCAAUAUCCAAGCUGCAGAUCAUUCACUGCACACCGAUUGUUUGCAACAGAACCUGCUCUGAAGGUUUUGAAUACCAGGAGGUACCUGACCAGUGUUGUGGGAAGUGCGUCCAGAAGAGCUGUUUCCUUGUUGCACCUGACAACACAACACAUAUAGUGGAGAUCAACCAAACGUUUAGUCUUCCUGACAACAAGUGUGUACAGUUUGCCUGUGAGAAUAUCAACGGACAGCUUGUUACUAAGGAGAUCAAGACUGUUUGUCCUACCUUUAACCCCUCGGACUGUGAACCUGGCACAGAGACAACUGACGCUAAUGGAUGCUGCAGAACCUGCAAGCUGCGCAGCGUCUGUGAAAUCCUCAGUAAGCAGGAGGUCAUCAAGGUGAACGAGUGUAAGAGCCCAAGGCCGGUCAACAUGACGUACUGUGCUGGACACUGUGGAAGCAUGUCCAUGUAUUCUGCUGCAGCUAAAACAAUGACGCAUCAGUGUGAAUGUUGCCAAGAAGCCACCACCAGUGAGGGGCAAGUGGAUCUCGAAUGUGCAGAUGGCACUAAGAUCCCCCACAAAUACAUCAAAGUGGAGAGCUGUCUGUGCAACAGAACAGAGUGUGUUGACGCUCUAAUUAAACGCCGCAGGAGACGCUGAUCGCUUACUCUCUGCUGACCACCGGAAUGACCUUUAAAACAUUAUGCGAGACAUAACCUUUGAACUUUUCUUGUUAGGGCUCAUUAUUUCAGGCCAAACUGUUUUUGGUCUUACAGCCUACUAUUGUGAUGUAAACUUUCUUCAUUCCACUCAAUAUUAUUAAAAUAAUUAUCUGC